AAAUUUCCGGCCGAGUGUCAAGCGCCACGAGAAACAAAAUGGCGAUCGAUCCGUCUCUCACCGAAACCGAUAUUUUCGACGAAUUUUUGAAAUAUGGACUGUUUUUGGGCGCCAUUUUCCAACUGGUGUGCAUAGGAGCUGUUAUAUUUGUGCCGAGUAGAGAUGACAAGAGGGAUGGAGACUCCAGUGACGAUGACGGUUCUGAUCACGGCUCCCCACACACGUCGCCUCCUCAUCGCGGUCACAACCAGCACCAUCGACGCAAGCAGGACAAGAAGAAGAGACGGUGAAUUCUGCAAGACAGGCUUCGGGAGGGAUAACUCUUUUUGACGGAAUAGUGUGUUCUUUUGGACUUGUAUGGAAUUUUGUAUGAUUUGUGACUUUCUUUUUUAGGGGGUGGGGGGGGAGGGGAGUAGUUGCUGUGCUGAGAAGGAAAUUAUCGAAGUAAAAAGUUCAAGAUUUAAAGGCAGCUAUUGAAAAUUACCUGAGUCAGUGAGCACAAGAAGAAUUGUAUGCUUGUACAGACAGUGAAAAGAAUAUGUUAUAUGAAAAUUGAUUAGCAAGAGCAUGUCAAGACUUAUGUUGAUUGAAUCAUCUACUUCCUGAUUGUCAAGAGAAAAAAGGGCAUUUUUCAAUUUUUUAAGGUUUUUACUUUUUUUUCUUCUUUGUAAAUCAUGUAUUAUAUAUACAAUAUACAUUCCGUAAACUGUAGGUCACAUUUUAUGAUAAAUUAUUUUGCAUAUAUUUUCUUCAGUGGUCUGUGAUCAUACUAACAGCCAAUAACAUUCUUAGAAAAAUGCAUUGAAUUUAUACAAUUCCUGCAUAAAGUUAGGUAUCGUUCAGUACUGAACAUAGUACUCAAAAACAGAGUAUAUAUUAAGAAAAUCUUGGGAGCAAAAGGCUUCCAAGAUAAAUCUGUCAUUGCAUUUUUAUAUGCAAGUGAAAUACUCUUGUGCUGCAUUUUCCAAAAAUGCAGUGUAGUAGAAUUAGUAUUUUGUUUCUGUCUAACAGUUAUUUUUAAGUUUUGUUUUUUUUUGUUUUUGUUUUUUAGAGUAGCAGGCCUACUUAAUAUGAUACUGCAAAGAUCCCCUACAUGAUGAAGCUUUUGUAAGAUUUUACACCUGAGAACCUUCCAUUCAAGGGUAUGGCAGUGCUUUUGCGGGAAUUAGCUUUUGGUAAUACGACCCUCAUGUGAGAGACUGCUCAUUCUAACAUCAGUUAUGGUCUAGCUUUAGGGUCCCAGUUGUUCACCUUUUCACCACAGGACAAGUACGGACCCUCUGAGGCAUUGCAUCUGUAUUGCCUUUGUGAGAUUACCUUAUUUUGCUGUGAUUUCAGAUCUGACUAAACAUAUCUUUAUGUUAAAUGUUAGCUCUUGUUUUUAAUCUUUUAUGUAUUCUUUUAUAGUUUGGUUGCUAGUGUUGUAUAUGUUGUAACUUAACAUAUGGUGAGAUUGAAAAUGAAACCUAGAAUUUCUUAUUAGCUUUGUAAUAUUGUUGAUCUGAAUUACAAGUCUGAUCUUGAGAUGUUUACCCAGAUAUAAAAGAAUUGAAUCUUGUCGGCGGUUUCAGUGCAGUUUCUGUCCUUGCUGGAAAGUGUAGUGGUUAGAAAUUAUUAUUUUUUUUUUUUUCAUAACAUUCCAAACAGCUGUGCAAUACUACUUGAAUGUCUUUUUGCAUUUUUUAAAUAAAAUGAACAAAUUGCA